UUCCAUCGAUUUCGCCAUGGUUGGAAGUCGGAACUAUGGAAUGGGCAUUUGGAGAGAAUCCUGAGUAGUGGCCCCGGGCCCAGGCAUGAUCUCUGACCGUUGAUCUGUUGCAUCCGACGGCUGCCGCGACCACACAGACACAGAAUUGCCCGUUGGAUUCUCUCCUUUCUCAGCCUGCCCCCCAAUUCUCCUUCCGUCUCCUCAAUCCGCCUCUCCGCCGAUCAGCCGCGCCGCCGCCUCCCUCGCCGGCGCCCGUCAUCUGGAGGCCUCGGUCGUGGGUCCCUCCAUCCCCAACCCGCCUUGGAGCCGACGGGCCUCGGAUCACCUCCCCUGCCGCGGCCGCUCCUCCGUCAACCAAAUCCACCGCCGCGGCGCGCGGCGCGGGUCCCCCGCCUCCACCGAUCUCGGGUUCGGCACGACCCUCAACUUGGUCACACCAAUGGCUUGAUUUGUAACUCAAGAGCGGAAGAGCCUAGUCAGGCCAAGCCAACCGACAUAUCACGCCAAGCCCGUUGGCCUGACCGAAAGGACUACUUAAAAUUUAUCUUCACAUUUGCUAUUACUAAGAUUUUAGACUAAAAGCAGGCUAAAAGAAUAUAAAAUUCCCUUCCUACUACUUCCUUUUGCCAUUAUUUCAACUCACCAUUAUCUUUUGUGGUCCUUGUUCGUCGUAUACUCUUAUGAAUGGAAAGCGUCUUAUGCAUUGCAGGUUUCAUUUAGAUUGGUAACCAUAGUGUAGCAAUGUAUUGGAGGAGCCAUGCCAUCUAGACAAGCAAGUAGCAUUGUCAGCCAAAAAAAAACAGCAACAAUUGAUUUGCCAGAGAAAGGUGCAAACAUCGUAAAUAUGUCUCAAGGAAUUUCUCCAAUGUCAAAAGAUAAAGGUCCUACAACAGAACCUGGAAAGGCUGUGGGCAUCAAACGGCUGCAGACUGAUACUCCCUCAAAUCCUGGAUAUCAUAAUGUUUAUGUAAGAAGGAAAGUAGAAUCUGAGCAUAGUAAAGUGAACCCUUCUCAGGAGUUGGAAGGUAAUGGAAGAGACAAAGCAAAAGAGCAGGAGGCACACCAAGAUGUUCAACAUGAGGAGGCCAACAGGCCUCAAGUGGCAUCUCCUGUUGCUGAAUCUGUAGAAAUAGUAUCUUCCAAAUCUCCUGAAAAAAUAAAUCCAGAAAUUGUGCCAGAGAAAACUGAGCCACCAGUUGCUUCUAGCACUGCAAUUCAAGAGGAUGUGAAACCGUUAAACAUACAAUACUGGAACGAGAGAUUUAAUCGAUUACAGACAUAUUUGGAGAGCUGUGAUCAUUCGACCCAGGAGGGGUAUUUGCGAAAGCUUAGGUCCCUUUCGGCAGCUGGGCGAAGCAUGCAUGCGAUUGAGCUGGAGAAAAGGGCAAUACAUCUCCUAGUGGAGGAAGGGAAAGAACUGCAACGGAUGAAGGCUUUGAACGUUCUUGGGAAGGUCUCCCCAAAUGCUCCGUCGAAGGCAACACCUUUGCAGCGGCAGUCUCAGAAAUGAGAUACUCAUGUAACAUCAAGAGAGCUGCAAUGUCUAGCUCCAGUUUUUUUAUGACCCACCUUUUCCGGCCAUGUAAUGCUUCUUUUUUUCUUCUUCUUUUUUGUAUUCGUUUCACUGUUCCACCACCCCUGUGACGUGGGUUUGUUGUAAUGAUAUGUAAUUAGUAGUAACUCGUAUAGAUAAGCUUGCCAUUCUUAACGGCAACCAAACUAUUUCUGUUGUUCCUUUCAUCCUUUGUCAUGUACUGGUGAUUUGCGUGAAUGUCAAUGUGAUAUAUGUUUUUUUUUGUAGAA